AUGACACUGAUCUCAGACGACCCUAGUUAUUGGCCACUCAUCAACUCUGGGCGUGUUUCCAGCUAUUUUAUAGUUGCCGCUGGUGUUGGAGUGGCGUAUGAUUGGGCCCUCACCUUCGGACAAGAGGUCGAACUGGUCUGGAGGCAACGUUGGUCCUUGAUGACCAUUCUCUAUCUGAGUCUGCGCUAUCUUGGAAUUUUAUAUAUUGUCCUGAACAUACUGGGCAAUGUUCCGACGAUUUUGUUGACAGAUGCAGAUUUCUCAGGCCUGAUUCUGUACUUUACGUGGGAUUGGACGACUGUUGUGGCAUUUCCAAUGCCGGUCAUCGUGAUCGCUCGGUUAUAUGCCAUGUAUCAACGAUCCAGAAGGAUCCUGAUAUUUCUCGUCGUCAUAUGCUUGGCUGUCAACAUUUUUGACUUAGCGAACGCUGUAAUGACAACGAGGCAAACUUCAGGAGAGGAACUCAUUAUCUCUGGCACCAAUGCGUGCAUGAUUGUCUAUACGGACAAUUUCUCUCCUCUGUUUUCCAUUACUUGGAUACUCGGCACUGUCUGGGAGGUCCUCGCGCUGUGUCUCGCAGUCUGGAUUGCUGUAAAACACUUCCGUGAACUGCGACAACAUUCGGCAGGAGGGUUUAUGGGCGACUGUUUCACGGUGUUGAUAAAAUCCCACGUGCUUUACUUUGCGAGCUUUGUUGCUGUGUCUUGCUUCAACCUCAUUAUUGAUUUGUCUCCAACGCUCUUAGCGGACCCAUCUUCCGUCGAAACACAGAUUUUUCUUGGUGUUCUUCAGAUUUUGGAAGCCAUACUGUUCUUUGUGCUCGGACCACGCCUCAUCCUAAGCGUUCGAGAAUAUCACACUCGGCUCGUGGCUGACUCUGACGCAGCAACCGGCAUGACCUCAAUCGCUUUCCAGGAGCGCGUGCAUAUAUCAACUGGCAGUGGUGUGUAG